AUCGCUGUUGUCAGCAUCAGCAUAAUCAUAACAACUGCAGCAAUGUCGCGUGUAUGGGUGUGUCGUUGCGGAAAAAAUUGAAUUUGUUUACUUGCAAAUUUACUAAAAUUUAAUUGGAUCUAUCUUUCGAAUAUCUGACAAUUGAAAUAUAACAGAGGCGAGGACAUCAUCCUUGCACUUUGAGGCUAUCAUCAUGAAUCAAUCAACACUGACGUUUUUUGUUGGAUUAUCUUUUAUUUUGAUUGGUUUGAGCAAGCAAGAUCAGAAUGCAUGUCAAAUUCCUCUUAUCAUACGAGGAGCAUGGUUCUCAUGGGAGAAUGGACAAAAUACACUCACAGAAAUUGAUGCAAAUUCUAUUUCCAAGAGAGGCAGAUGUGUUGAUAUGAAAGAAGAAUUUCAUGUCAAUUAUACUUUUGUCUUAAAACAAGAGGAAUGUUAUCACUGUGUUAAGUUACUUGUACGAACUAUAAAUGUUUUAGAAAAACUUGAAACUAGUUGCGUUAAUCUUGCACCACAUGAAGAGCCAACAGUGGCUAGUGUUUGCAAAGGUUUGAGAGCUGAUCAGCAGUUGAUUACCCUCUUCUCAGAAAAUUAUGUUCCAGUCAAUUGCAGAUCUUCCCUUGAAGGGGUUUGGCAAUUUGCUUACCAGAAUCGAUUCAGAUUUACUGGAGAAUGUAAUCAUCCUGAUGCGCAAAUUCGAUCUUGCCAAACUCCCGGAACACAAUUUUUCAUAACAAAUCAAAAAUUUAACAUAACUUACAAAAAAUGUUCUGGACUUAAGGAAACAUUUGAUGGAGUUGUUGAAUACAGCUGUUUAGGUGAUUGGUUUGUUGACAAAAAUCACUUCUUUGCUGUAGCCAAUACAAAAGAAUCUCGAAAGGAUGAAAAAUACAGAUGUUUCUUGAAAAAUCGCGAUGAUGAUUUAUACAUUGGUGUAUCCAAUACUGCUGAAUGUAAUACACUUAAAACAGUAGAAAAAAGCCCUGAACGUUUACGCAUAACACCUGUAAAAGCUGAAGUGGUAGAGCCAGGUUGUAGACUACCACAAAAUAUGUCUGGAAAUUGGAUAAAUACAGCCAAUAUUGAUGCUGAUGUUUUUAUUAAUGAGACACACAUAAUAGAAACUUGGUAUCCUGAUGUAGGCAGAUAUAGAAAGACUAUUUAUACCUGUCGGGAACAAAGAGAUUCCAGAUUUAUGAUGGCUAGAUUAACUGUGGAUGGAUGUCAAAAAGAUUAUGUUUGUUUUGACUUUGUACCUCAGCACCAUAAUAUUAUCAGAUACAGGAAAGGCUUAGCUGUGAUAAAAGACGAUUUUCAUACUGUUUGUUCAUGGGUCCAAUUUAAAAAUACUGUAGAAUGGAAAUAUGACUUAUUCUUAGCCAAAGAUCCUGUACCUGUUAGAUGUCCUGUUGCUGGAAAAUUUAUGUUCAAGCAAAAAGGGGAUGUACUUUUUGAAACAAGAAUUUUAGGUGGUGUUACAGAUACACCUCGACCAAACAUUUACUGUAAACAAAAUAUAUCAGAUUUUUCAGUGUGUGACACAGAUCAGAAAGAAAUUGCAAUUGAUGAAACUUACUGUUUAUCAGUUGAUCAUUUAGGAAGACCUGUUGAUAUUUACAGUUGGCCAGAUUACAAAAUGAAGUGCAUUGGAUAUUUUAAAGAAAAUCUCAAAUCUUAUUUAAUCACUUAUGAUGAACUUGAUCCAUACAGCAAAUAUCAUUGUUGGGUGUAUCAAAGAGCCGACUUAAAUAGAGUUCUUAUGUCUCAAGCAAUUGGAGCCUUCUGUGAUGUUAAACAAGAUGUAACAAGUUGGAACUAUACAGAAGGUGCUGCAGUGGCACUAGAUUUAGUGGAAUAUGAACGAGAACGUGAUCAGUGUCCAAUGCACUUUGAUGAUGGAAGUAAUCCAUGGGUUAAAAGUGAAAACUAUAUUCAAGUCUUCCACUUUGGCAAUCAUAAUUAAGCUGUUAAACUUCAAGUUUCAGCUUAUCUAAUCUGCUUUGUUAUUUCAUGUUUCAGUGAAAUUUAUAAGCGUUAAAAUAUUUUUGAUCCGUCCAUGCUUUUUGUAAACUUUUAAAAAUUUUCAUUAGAGAAGAUUGACAAAUGAUCUGAUUGUAACUAAACAGCUUUUAUACUUGUAAGAUACUACAGGAUAUAUAUCCAUUUAAUCCGUCCAAACAACUAUUAUGUAUAGUUGCAUGAACAAUUGUGAUAGUGUCAUCACAAAUGUCAUUUUUUAUGUAUUUUAGAUAAGAAAAAAAAAAUGCUCAUUUGUACAAAUAAAA